CCCACAAUGCACAGCGAAACAGCCACGUAAACGUAAACCAUCGUAGCAUCAGCGCUGCCUGCGGCUUGCCUAGCUGCCUCAGCUUCUUGUAUAGCUACACCUUCCAGAUGUGCAGAUGAUGAUGCAGGACGCAUUUCCCAGGCCUUCAGCGAGACUGCCAGAGCUGUAAGAUGUCGAUGGUGUUGUUUGCCUCUGUGGUCCGAGUCGGGGACGGCCUGCCUCUCUCAGCAUCCACUGAUUAUGAGCAGGACAAAGAGCUUCAGGAAACAAAGAGGCUCCUCAAAGGUCUCUCCAAGAAACUCGGCCAGUUUCCUGACCGCUGCACACUUAGGACUGGACCAUACAACAUCAAUUUUACGAGCUCGCUGGGCGUUGGAUACCUGAUGGUAUGCACUGCAAGUUAUCCCAAUGUUUUGGCCUUCUGCUUCCUGGAUGAGCUACAGAAGGAGUUUAUUGUCACCUAUGACACCAAACGGAUCGAGAGUGCCAUGCGGCCCUACUCCUUCAUCGAAUUUGACACCUUCAUCCAGAAGACCAAACAGCGCUACAAUAACCCUCGUUCCCUGUCCACCAAGAUCAACCUGGCUGACAUGCAGACAGAGAUCAAGCUGCGACCGCCCUACCAGCUCUCCCCUGAGGACCUGCGGGCUAUCAAUGGAUUCUCAGUGCACGCACCUUCAAAGUACAAGGGCAUAGCUCCCACGCAGAUGCUGGAGCCGGUGACUCUCCCGGGAAUCGUAUCCUGUGUGCUGAGCAUCCUCUGUGGGGGGCUGAACCUGCUGCGAGGGGUCCACGCUAUAGAGAGCAUACUGCAGAAUGAUGAUGAAGACUUUAAUUACGUGAUUGCCUUCUUCCUCGGCACAGCGGCCUGUCUGUAUCAGUGCUACCUGUUUGCCUACUUCUCAGUCUGGAGGAACAGCAAGUCCUUCCUGGCCUUUGCACUCAUCUGUCUUUCCAACAUGUAUUUGUACGAAUUGAGGAACAUCUGGCAGAUCCUCUUUCACGUGGCGGUGGGCGCCUUCAUGACCCUGCAGAUCAGACUGAGGCAACCGCUCGGCAAAGCACCGGACUACAAUGUCUGACAAAAAAAGAUCUGAAACUCAAAGGAUAAAUGGACCUGUAGUCUGAAAAUACUGGAAACAAAAUAGAGACAAAAAACAAAAAACCAAGCAUCUCGAUUCAGUGAGAAAAGCCAAAAGCGAUCUCGCAGCAGCGCGGUAGCCCUGUUCAAUAAACCCCAGCAGCUGUGAACAGAUCUCAGUUUGGACUCUGCUGCAGCUUGAAUCAUUUAUGGACCUUACUGGGAAGCCACUGCCCGAUAACAAUUUUCCACUUCCUUUCAGUGCAUCCAUCCCACCUGCAGGACGGAUGCAGUUUUGCUCCCUCUGCAAGCACCAAGUAUUGAAAGCGACGCCACUCGCUGCCAAAUGCAUCGGCUAAACAAUCACAUGAACUUCAGUUACUUGUUCAGUUAUUUUUCAUCUUCUAUGUAAACCCACUGGUUCUCCAUCAGAUGCACGACUGGUUUCAGUCAUGGUUUAAAACUAUGCAACGCUGCCUUCUGCACGUGUGUGUCCUCGUAUCUUAUUUCGUAAGUGUUUGUCAUCGUUUAGACCAUUCUGCGUAUUUAUUUACAGACUGAUUUCUCUGACGAAGAAUUCUCCAGAUUUUAUGAAUUUUGCUUGGCGAUCGCUCCACUUUUAUGUACACUUGUGUCUUUUUUUAGUCACAAAGUAGCUCCUGUUUCAGCCGACGCAAACAGGCUGUUUGCAUUCGUACCCUACUUCCUCGCCUACAUAGCCUCAAGCAUAUGCCAGUGUCAAGUGACUGUGUUAAUAAACAGGUCUGUGUUGGCAGCGGUAUAGAUGCAUAGCUGCGUUGUCAAAGCCAGAGGCGGCCUGUAUCAUCUGAACAGCCUCUGGCCUGUUUUUUUUAUUUUCCCCUCCCACCGAGCCCCUCAGUUCAGACUUGGCUGCCAUUUCUAAAAACAAAAACAAGAAGGAAAAAAACAAAAAAUCAUCUUUCACAUUUAGCCUGUAUCAAGGAUAUUGGCAGUGUUCACAUUUAACACGAUUAUGACACAAAGAUGCCAUAUUUAUCGUCAUCGGGGAUUUAUGGAGUGAUUUCCCGGCGUUCCUGCAUCAUCCCAACAACUAACAGCAAACAAAACGAGAAGGGGAGAGAAUUGAGUUGUGUUUUUCUUUUUUCUCUCCAUGAGCAGCUUCAGUCGUGCCAAGGCUGUCAUGACGUUUUUCUUUUUUAAUUUACAUUUUUUAUUUAUUUUGGAUGAUCCCUGUCUCACAGGAAGAAGUGAAAAAUGAAUCAGAGCAUAGACGCGUACGCAGCUUUGCUUUCACGUCCAUCUGGCAUCUGCACUAUUGUUCUGUCCAGAGACUGCUGUAACACUUCAUUCUCGUGUGAUUCAUCAUCUGAAUGUUCUCUGCUGUCCAGCAUCGGGUGCCACACCUACAUGACCUAAUAGCUCCUUUUUUUUUUUUUUACCCUACGGCUCAGACUUGAUUGGAACUGAAAUGUGAUUCGCAAACUUCUAGAUUGUUCAAAUGUUUUCCACAGCAGUUACAGUAAACGUGUUGUGUGGGUGUGUGCUGUAAAAUAGGAAACUUGAAAGUCAAAGAUUUAAGUAAUCCAAGUGUGGAACAUGAAUGUGAUCAUUUACAGGUCUUUAAAUGGAAUUUGCUAAUCUAAACUUUGAAUUUAUUUGACACUAGAGACCUGUUAUGAUUAGAAUACAAAAUCUUGUUAAAUGUUAAAGUUAUGAAAUGUGGAAAACAUUGAUUUGAUUUGAUGGGGUAAAUGUGUUGGAACGCUAGUUUUAAGCCAGUCGUAGUAGCUCCAUAUUGGCCAUUUUUGUGUGUGUUGCACGUGCACAUCAUGAUGUGAUCUGGUCCUCAAUUUGAAACGUGAGCAAAGCUGUGGAACACCGAACAUUAAAAAACAUUUCCAUUACAAUGAUAUCUUUUUUUUAUCAUAGCACUGUCAGUUUCAUACCAAAUUCAGGGAUAUCUGGUACAUGUUGCAGUAAUUGUGAAGACAAAAAUCACUUUUGUUUUAAAACAAAAAAGCAGGGAUGCUUCUCCUGAGCAGGAAGUGCUCCCAUUUUCACAGAUAUGUGCUGCCUGACCUGCACAAAUUUGAACUUGAAUGUCAGCGUGGUGACGAUGUGAUUGUAGCAACGCUCACAUAGUUAGAGGCCAACAGGUUGGCUGUUCAGAAAGGUCACAUUCAUUAAGUCUGGAGAUUUUGUUUGCACUAACAUGGGUUUGAAUUCCCGGAGAAAAGCAGAGGAAACACUGUUGUUCCUGCAGCUGCUGCAUUACAGUCGACGACGAUUCUUAUUUUAUCCGAGCGAGCUCAGUUUAAAUUGGGAGGCUUCAGUUUUGAUUACAGUCUGGCACUGCUAUGUAAAUGCACAGCAGGAGUGACCAAGAUCUUAACUGAUUCCUGUUGGAGAUAAUAGCCACUGAUUUGACUUAUAAAUACAGAUAUUAAUACCGUGACGGAUAAUGUAACGGGCAGAGCGUUAAUCAGGAGAUUAGCAUUUUUCCUCCUUGUCCUCCGUCAUAUAAACAAUAAUCAGUAAUAACAAAAAAGAAGACAAAGGACCUCAUGCGUAAAGCCUGUCAUGCAGUGCUCCUGCCAUCUGUUGGUGAGCUACGUGAACAUGUAAAAUGACUCCCAGGAUAGAGUGCAGUUAAAACAGAGGAGACACCUGAGCUUUCCACACAUUUAAACAAACCUUUUGUUUAUAGAUUUUGGCUUUGUGCUGCUGAAAGAGGAAAAAGUCUUCCUCAGCCUGUGAUAUUUUAGACAAUGCACCUUUCCAAGCUACAGCGUGUCCACAUACAUUUGGUCACUUUUGUUUCUUAUUUAAGUCCGUAGCUUUGGUAUUGUGUGCCAAAACGACAGCUUGCACAAAGUAAACACCAGCAUCAAUCUAGAUCCAUAAGAGACCUGACAGCACAGCAGAACAUGAACAAGAAUCAGAUCUCAGGGUACCUGUGAAACCUCUCAGCAGUUUAUUUUACUAUAAAAAAAAACAGCAUAAUGUUUAGCAUGGCAACAAAAACAAUCCACAGUUUUGUCUCUGAAGCCAUUUGUGUCACAGACACGGCCACCUCGUGUCAAAUAAAAAGCGAAUGAGAAUGCUGUACUUUGUAAAGAUGGAUCCACUCAGGUACCUUGUAGUCACACCCCUCAUCUCUGGUCUGUGCCUCUCCAAGCCCCUCGUGUUCCCUAAUGGCACAUUCAUGCACAGUGAACAGUAGAAAGAGGGGGGUGACGUGGGUGUAGAAUGGCAGUGCAUCCAAUUGGAAUCAUAUGGAAUGACACCUAUAGGUAUUAGCCGGGGUGUGUGAAGAUAAUGGUUGCAGCAGUACAGUACAUUAACAAAGAUUUAAAAAAAAAAAAAAAAAACGCCAGAGAAGACCAGUGCAGGUUUUUCCCCUUCAUUCCACAGGCUCAGAAUCAUAGUGCCAUUUACUCUUUAAAAAGGAAUGAAAUUCAAAGGAUAAGGCUAGUGCUAAUAUUUUUGGGUCAACAAAGUCCCAUGAAACGACCAAAUUUCCAGUGGACUAAAUUCUGAUGUUGUUCAAAAGCAACGAUUAGUGAGGCAAUUAUUCCAUAUAAUCAUCAUGGGCACUUACUGAGCGCGUCAAGUCUGAAUUAA